GAACUAAACUAACUAGCUAUUUAUUUUCUAAAUGGCUGCUAAACUGUAUAUGUAUAUUAUUGUAAACGGAGAAAUUGCCAAAACUUGGCCUAAGGGAGCCCUUAUUGCACAGUGUUGCCACGCAGUGGCUUGUACUUUUCAUUUGUACGGUUCCGAUUCGGAAUAUUCGGAAUAUUUUAAUGAUUUGGAUAAUAUGCACAAAGUGGUCCUUGAGGCACCGGACGCGACCAAACUUCUUGGCCUGGGCGAGGCAUUGCAACAGGGCGAUAUUAAGCAUAAGGUGUGGAUCGAACAACCUGAAAAUAUUCCAACUUGCAUCGCCGUAAAACCGUACAGGAAGGAAGUCGUUCAAAAAUAUGUGAAAAAAUUCAAACUGCUUAGUUGAACAAACAAAUUCAACAAAUGUGCUAAAUAAA